GCAGCAUCUCUCAGGAUGCAUAGCUUCAUGGGCGGGGGCCUAUUCUGUGCCAUGGUGGGGAACAUCCUACUGGUGGUCUCAAUGGCAACAGACUACUGGAUGCAGUACCGCCUGUCAGGCAGCUUCGCCCACCAGGGCCUGUGGAGGUACUGCAUGUCGGGCAAAUGUUACAUGCAGACGGACAGCAUCGCGUACUGGAAUGCCACCCGGGCCUUAAUGAUCCUGUCCGGGAUGUCGUGCUUCGCGGGCAUCAUUGCGGGCAUCCUCUCCUUUGCCCACUUCUCCACCUUCGAGAGGUUCAACCGCUCCUUCGCUGCAGGGAUCAUGUUUUUCAUCUCCACUUUAUUUGUUCUGCUGGCGAUGGCCAUCUACACGGGUGUGACAGUGAACUUCCUGGGCAAGCGCUUCGGUGACUGGCGUUUCUCUUGGUCUUACAUAUUGGGCUGGGUGGCACUGCUCAUGACCUUCUUUGCAGGGAUAUUUUACAUGUGUGCCUACAGAAUGCAUGAAUGUAGGAGAGGGGGCGGCCCUACACGCUAGAGAGAAAGACACAGCAAGAUACACAAACUGUUUUUAAAAAGAGGACCAUUUUACACUGAAUGAAUGACCAUGUUUAUCCAGAGGCCAACAUAUGACAGAAAGCCUUUGCGACUGCAUGGGCCUCCAUUCCCUGAUGUUUCCAAUGGAUUUCCUGGAUAAAUAAAGGUUUGAUUAAAAAAAAUAUGCAACAGCUUUCUGCCAUUCACAUGAAAGGAACAUUUACGAGAAUGAUAAUGCAUUUAUUUAUAAAGUCAAUAUGACUCAUUUCAUUAUCUAUGUGCAGUUAACAGGAGAAUAUGUUUGAAAAUGGCUGACAUGGCAAGGGUUAUGAUAUCUCCGUAGUGCCUUUUUCAAAAG